CGGGAGCGAUGGGGGAAAGUGGUGGGCGCCGGGAGGCGGAGGCUGACCGGCUGGGUGUGUAUGUGUGCUUGUCUGUCCCCCGCAGAGGAUGAGAUGUUCUCGGACAUCUACAAGAUCCGGGAGGUGGCGGACGGCCUGUGCCUGGAAGUGGAGGGGAAGAUGGUCACCAGGACAGAGGGUCAAAUUGAUGACUCUCUAAUUGGUGGCAAUGCCUCUGCUGAAGGUCCAGAGGGAGAUGGAACAGAAGCCACGGUCAUAACUGGUGUUGACAUAGUAAUUAACCACCACCUUCAGGAGACCAGCUUCACAAAAGAAUCCUACAAGAAGUACAUCAAGGAUUACAUGAAAGCAAUCAAAGCCAGACUUGAGGAACACAAGCCAGAGAGAGUAAAGCCUUUCAUGACUGGGGCUGCAGAACAAAUCAAACACAUCCUUGCCAACUUCAAAAACUACCAGUUCUUUGUAGGGGAGAACAUGAAUCCAGAUGGAAUGGUGGCUCUCCUGGAUUUCCGUGAGGACGGUGUGACCCCAUAUAUGAUUUUCUUUAAGGACGGCUUAGAAAUCGAGAAAUGUUAACAAAUCAAACAGUAUGGUUUUGGAUCACUUGUCUUCAUAGCUGGCUGCUGUUUCUUCUUCAUCGGCACAACACCAGGAAUCAGCAAUGUCUAACGGGACUGAUGUCAUCUUGAGCUUUAUUCACUUAUUUUGACCCUGAUUUGGAGUGGAGGCAUUGUUUAAAAAAAAACGAAAAAACAUCUAUCAUGUAGGUUGUCUAAAAUAAAACUCAUUUAAACCCA